UUAUACCAAAAGUACAAGAACGUGUGUUGAAAUAAGUCAAGAUGAACAGAAACACAGGCAAUCAAGCGAGGGAUUCGAUCUACCAUAUUCCUCCAUACCACUACCUCCAUGUGUUGGAUAAUUACACAAAUAGUACACGGAUAGAGCUUGGACCGAAAACAUUCAAACCCAAAGAUAGUGAGAGCGUGGUGCUUGGUCCCGAGCGUUACGUGACGAUCCCGAAAAGGCAUUACUGCGUCAUCGAGAACCCGGUGCUGCGUGACAACCACGGCAGGGUCGUGCGUGACGCCUUUGUGCAGGUGAAGCUGCGGCAUGCUGACCUUGAGGUCAGACUCGCACAGGAACCCUUCCCACUCUAUCCUGGAGAGGUCCUGAAGCAGCCUGUGUCUCCACUGACAGUAGUAAUCGCUAAUAAAGCUCUGAGACUGCGAGCUAUCAUUGACUUUGAAGAUGGUGACAGCAGUGAAAAACGGCUUGCUGGAGAUGAAUGGCUAUUCGAAGGACCAGGAACCUACAUCCCUCGUAAGGAGGUGGUGGUAGAGGAACCAGUAAGUGCUGUGAUUGUGAAACCCAACCAAGCCAUCAGACUGAGAGCCAGGAAGGAGACUAAAGACCGUAGUGGAGUCGACAGGGUUUCGGGUGAGGAAUGGUUGGUGGGGAAGACAGGAGCAUAUCUGCCCGGACCAUACGAAGAAGUUGUGGACAUUAUCAGUGCACACGUACUGACUGAGAAGAAAGCCCUUCAUAUUAAAGCGCACACGAACCUUCAAGAGAACUUUGCGAAUUGUGCGAAUAGAGUGGAGAAAAAUGGUUGAUCAAGUUUACGUGACACAGAGACACACAUACCUGAUGUGUACGAGGAGGUGGUUGGUGUGAUUAACAUCACAACACUGACCAACCGCCAGUAUUGUGUCAUUUUGGAUCCAAUCGGGGACGAUGGAAAACCGCAGCUAGGAAAGAAAAAAGUUAUCAAGGGCGAUAAGUCGUUCUUCAUGCAGCCCGGGGAACAGAUGGAGAAUGGCAUACAAAGCGUGUACAUUCUCAGUGAACAGGAGGGGCUCAUCCUUCAUGCGAGUGAAGCAUUCGUAGAUAUGACCACGGUUAGAGCGAUUGUGGGUGAAACUUACAUGCUUACCCAGGACGAGGAACUCUGGCAGAAAACGAUGACACCAGCAGUUGAGGAACUGCUGGGUCAGGCGAACGACCAGCAGAAAAAGAGAGACAAGACACGUGUGGUGACGUUUCGCGUGCCACACAAUGCUGCUGUGCAGAUAUAUGAUUACAAGGCAAAGAAGGCUAGGGUGAGUUCUAGGGUGAUCUUUGGGCCUGACCUGGUUAUGCUGUCACCGGAUGAGCAAUUUACACAGCUGAGUCUGUCUGGCGGUAAGCCGAAGAAACCCAAUGUGAUCAAGGCGCUCUGUCUGCUGCUAGGCCCUGACUUCUUUACCGACAUUGUUACUGUGGAAACGGCGGAUCACGCACGACUGCAGUUGCAGUUGGCCUACAACAGGCAUUUUGAUCUUCCGGAGGAGGAGACCCAGAAGAGCCGGCUGUUCAGUGUCGCAGAUUUUGUCGGCGAUGCCUGCAAAGUGAUCGCUUCACGCAUCCGCGGUUCCGUCAUCAGCAUUCCGUUCGACGACUUUCACAAGAAUUCGGCGAAGAUCAUCCGCGUAGCGGUGUUCGGCAUGGAUGCUGAGAUGAAUGUGCGCAAGCACCUGUGUUUUGAGCAGAACUCCCUGUUCAUCACAAGUGUAGACAUCCAAUCUGUGCAGCCCCUCGACCAGUGUAUACGCGAUUCACUCAUGAAGUCUGAGCAGCUAGCGAUAGAAAUCACCACCAGCUCGCAGGAGGCAGCAGCCAGGCAUGAGGCACAGCGUCUAGAGCAGCAAGCAAAGGGCAAGCUCGAGAGACAGAAGAUCAUGGACGAGGCAGAGGCAGAGAAGUCGAGGCGAAACCUGCUGGAACUACAGGCAGUCAGUGCAGCAAUUGAGAGAACCGGCCAGGCGCAGGGUCGUGCAGAAGCUGAGAAGAUUGGGGAAGCUGCAGUACAGCAGGCGAGACUGAAGGCUGAAGCCAUAUCAAUAGAGGCCACAUCAGAGCUGCAGCGUCUACAGAACGCCAGACAAGCUGAGGUCCAUUAUGUUCGUGAGCAGAACGCUCUUGAGGUGGAGAAGAGCCGCAUUCAGAGCAACAUCAAACAAACAGAGAAAAAGAAACAAAAGGUGGACGACGACGAAUCGGCCUGCGAGUAAUUAAGGACGUGAAGAGAAUGUGUGGUCUAUGCCCUCGAUGGCUCUUGGUCUGUAGUCGUUAUGGCAUUCAGAGUGGAAGGAUUGGUUGGAAGGGCUUCACAGAAAAUAAUGUGUUAGAUAAGAGAAUGCAUUACAUGGGGGAUGUCGUACAAGAAAGAAGACUGUGUCACGUGAGGAAAUUUGUAAGAUGAGGGGAUGUCACAGGAAGGAUUGGACACACACAAGAAAGUGUCACAUGAAGGAAUGUAUCAGAUAAUUAUAUAUAAGUGAUUGUACUGGUAAGAUAUUACUAUAUUUUCCAAUGGUCUGGAGUUUAUGGGUUUUUCUUACUGAUGAUUAAGUUUCGCCACUGAUGAUUUUUUCUGUCACUGCUUGAAAGGAAGCUGCCUGGUUAGCAUUUAGUCAGCAUAUAUACUAAUCGUAUAUAUGAGCAAAUUUGUGUACCUAUCAACAUAAAACUACAAACAACAAAUUAGUAUACUGCAAAUUCAUUUACUUUCUCUUAAAGUUUAUACUGAAUAGAACUGAUUAUGAUCAAUGAUUUCUUUGGAGUAGGUAGCAGGUUCUCCGAGACACAUGUAAGAUGUAGGUAUUAGAAACGUGUAUGUGGAACAGACUAUAGUGUAUCCAGGCAAAAACUAUCCCAUUAUUUGACAAAUACUAGCAUAUUAUUUGGCAAUACAAAUAUUACCAUACAAUAUACAAUAUACAAUAUAUACAAUAUACAAUAUACAAUAUAUACAAUAUACAAUAUUACAUUACAAUAUACAAUACAAAUAUUGUUUGGCGAAAACUAUCCCAUUAUUUGACAAAUACUAGCAUAUUGCAGACGAGAGCCGGCCCUUUUGUUUAGCAGGAAGUGGCCCUUUGUUCAUUCUGAUUCAAAGUUCUGUUGUUUCGAAGAGUGUAGCCGAUUGUAUAGGUGGGCAGAUCAUUUUUGCUCACCAGUCGAUUGUCAGUGCACCGAUGUGGGCGGGCACUUAUAGUAAUCGUGUGUGACAUAGAUGUUUCACUAUCGAUUGAAGUUGUUGAGGUGUUGUCACACUGUUCUAGAUGUCGCGUGUGUGAGGGAAUAAUAACUGGAAUUAAGAGGUCAGCUGUAAAAUGUUUCAUUCGUGUUCAGAAGCCACAGCUUUCGUGAUGCCUCGUGUACACGCACGAUUUUCGGUCACGCAACUACAAUGUCAAUGAUUCGUAAUUUACUUUUACCAUUCAAUACAAAUUAUGGAGAAUAUAUUCAUAUAUAAUAAAUAAAAUAUUAAACAGCAUA